AUGGCUCACCGUAUAGCUCCUCGCUGCUUGCAGAUCAUACUUCUAUGUCUUCUUAUCACUUCACCUCUAGAUGUUUUAGCUCAGGGAGGACAGGAUGAUAUACCAGUAGUUAAUCCUACAUCUCCCGGUGGUGAUACCACCACACCAACUAUAACCCAACCAUCACCGCCUUCCUCAACAUUCCCACCAGGUCCAGUCACGAACCCUAAUCCACCAACCGGUGGUUAUCCACCACUAGAUGGUACAACGCCACCAACCGGUGGUGGCUAUCCACCACUUGAUGGUACCACACCAACCGGUGGAUACCCACCACUUGAUGGUACUACACCUCCAGGUGGAAGUGGUGGUGGUCCACCUGGUGGUGGCGGAGGUGGUGACACUGGUGCAGGUGGUGGAGGUGCAGCACCUGGUGGAGGCGGUGGUGGUGACAAUGGUGGAGGAGGAGGUGGUGACACUGGUGCAGGUGGUGGUGGUGGUGGUGCAGCUGGUGGAGGAGGUGGUGAUAAUGGUGGUGGUGGUGGUGGAGGCGGAGGUCAAUGGUGUAUAGCGAAAGCAACUGCUUCGCCAACAUCAUUACAAGUGGCUUUGGAUUACGCUUGUGGGUAUGGAGGAGCUGAUUGUGGGCAGAUACAACAAGGUGCAAGCUGUUACGAGCCGAACACUAUUCGUGAUCAUGCAUCCUUUGCUUUCAAUAGUUAUUACCAGAAGCAUCCUGGUUCAGACAGCUGCAACUUUGGAGGGGCUGCACAACUUACCAGCGCAGAUCCAAGUAAAGGAAGCUGUCGCUUCCCAUCAUCAUCAGGAACAGUCAGCACAAGCCCGCCAAGUCAACCAAGUCCACCAGAUUUUAAUUCACCACCUUCUACUUCGACAUUUCCACCCCCAAUAACAACUCCAACCACAGGCAUACCUGGUUCUGGACCACCCUUCGGCGUGGCAGAGCCAACGGGGCUUCCGAGUUCAGCAACUCAUGUGUCACAUAGGUUCCUCUCAAUGCUUACAGUGGUUGGGAUACUAGUGCCACUGCUCAGGCUAAAUUAUCUCUAA